AAGAUGGAGAACGGCGAUGAUCGGGUUUAUGCUGCGGAGAAGAUUAUGAAAAAGCGUGUCCGAGCGGGCAAAGCUGAGUACCAGGUGAAAUGGAAAGGUUGGAGCCAGCGACACAAUACCUGGGAGCCGGAGGAAAACAUUCUCGACCAGCGUCUGAUAGAAAUAUUCGAGAAAUCCAUACGCGGCUCGUCGACACCGAAACGCAAAAAGAAAGCCAUCAUCGAGGAUUCGGAUGAUGAUGAGGAACCGACAAGUUCAGUGGGUCCGACGACAUCCGAGCCCGACCCACCGAAAAAAGACGAACGCAAGGAGUCGUCGAGUGCUGGGCGGAAAGAACGCGAUGAUAAGCAACACCACCAAGGAGGUUCCAAAAAGGAAAAGGAAACAGGAGCGGGUGCCGUUUCAAGCAGCAGCAACACCAGUUCUACGGAGAGUACAAAACGAAACAAUAGCAUCAGCCCGAUCGGUAGCAGUCCAUCGACAAAAGAAAAAUCAACUGCAUCAGGACACACGGCAGCAACGGCAGCGACCGAGCGAAGCGACAAUGCAUCACCGGUGGUAGCUGGAAGUGGAGCAGUUGUACCAGCUGGCGGAGUACAACCACUACCUAGUUUGAAGAUCUCGAUUUCUGGCGAUCGUGCCGAGCUGGGAAACGAUAUUGACACCAACUCCAAUUCGAGUGAUGAUCAACCACUCAGCCAUAAGGAUGUCAUCGGUACAAAGCGAAAGGCCGAAGUGCUUUCGAAGGGUGGAAAGGUUGGUGUGACUAUUAAAACAUCUUCACCUGGCGACGAAUCACCCGGCGGUCUUUUGAAGGCACAGCGGCUCGAGGUGAGCCCACUGUCCGGUUCGGGACCAGUAGCUUCCGCAUCGACCGUUACGCCGAUCAGUGCAACGUUUAGCAAGUUGGAUCUGAAAGCGGUUGCACCACUAUCACCCGAUACGCCCGCUUCCCGGCCAGAAUCUAACAUUCCGCCACCGGCCGAAGCCAAUGCGCUCCCCGGCGGAGCAGCAGCGGUAGUAGCAGCGGGCGGACUGCCUGCCGGCCGUGAGGAAGCGAACCCUUUAGAAGGUCAAGUUGCUGGUCAACAACAGCAGCAACAACCGCAACAGCAGCAGGAUGGUGCAGCCAAUGGUGCCAACGCGCGGCUACAUAAUGAUGCAUUUCCGCUGACCAACGGUAACAGCAACACCAACAACAAUAUGCACAUAACCAUUAACAACAACAAUAUCAACAAACAUGUCAGCAAUCUAACGCUUUCGCCUCGGGCAGCUCCACCUCGUCUUUGGCUUCCGAAGGCGCAAACAACCAACCAGGUGUUUAUAACGGAUGUGACCGUUAACCUGGAGACGGUUACCAUACGCGAAUGCAAGACGGAGGAGGGUUUUUUCAAGACCCGUGACAUGCAACAACAGCAACAACAGCAAGAACAACAACACAAGCAACAACAGCAACAACCACGAGUCGGUGAUCUGCUAACUAAUUAA